AUGCUUACAAUAGAAACAGNNGAAUACUCCUUCUUCCUCUCUCCGCACCUACGCCCACCACCAACAGACACCCCCAACGCCAGCGACAACAAUGCAGCCCAACAAACCCGCCGCCAAACCUCUCAACAGACCGCAGCGCCAACACGGCAAUCGCUAGCUCAGCUGUUAGCCGACGAACAAGCCAUCUCGCACCGCAAACACAACAUCCGGCGGUUUGGCGCGGGGUGGAUAAAGCCGCCGGGCGUAGCAAAAACACUGCAAGCGGAGACGGAAGAAAAAGCAGAGAGGGAAGAGCAAGAGGCGUUGCAGAGGCGAGAGCAGAUGAUGAUGGAUAUGCAGGCGCAGCAGGAGGCUGAGGAAGCGAGGAAUAGGGCUGUUGCUGCGGAGGCGGAGCAAGAAGCAGAGGAAGAGCAAGAGAGGGAUUUGGAUGAGGAGAUUCCUGAUGCUGAUNGGGGAAGAGGAAGAAGAUGA